AUGUUCGAAUUGGUCUACGCGCUGCUCGACGUGCUCGUUUCGCCCGAUUUAUUCACUUAUCGCUCCGCUUUCAUGCUCGUCUUGGACGCCAACAAAACGUUUCUCCCAUUCUGGACUCUUUAUCCGAUUGACGUGCUGUUUUGCGGAAUGCUCGGCUAUUCCAUGGCCAUUUUCACCAUCAACUUCAUCUAUCGCUACUUGGCGAUCAAGGGGUGAGAGUGUGGAGACGCGUUGCGGUCGCGUAGCGUUCCUUCUUUCAGAAGUCACUUGCUCAAAUCGUUCGACUCUCCGCGAUUGCUCAUUUGGAUCGGAGCUCCACUUUUGUACAGUGCCGUUUGGAUGAUCGUCACUGGAUUGACAAUGAAUGGCAACAAGUAUACGGAUCACAUUUUGGAGUGA